AUGGCGGCGAGGCCGACCGCUCUGCUGGUGCUCGUCUGCGCCGUGGCCGCCCUGGCCGCGUCGGCCGGCGCGACGCAGUUCAGGGUGGGCGGGCAGAGCGGGUGGAGCGUGCCGGCCGCGGGCUCCGAGCCCUACAACACCUGGGCGGGUAGGCUCCGUUUCCAGAUCGGCGACCAGCUGCUGUUCGUGUACCCCAAGGAGACGGACUCGGUGCUCCUGGUGGACGCGGCCGCCUACAACGCCUGCAACACCUCGUCGUACGUCGCCAGGUUCGACGACGGCAGCACCGUGUUCACGUUCGACCGCUCGGGCCCUUUCUUCUUCGUCAGCGGCAACGAGGCUAACUGCCGCGCCAACGAGAAGCUCAUCGUCGUCGUCCUCGCCGACCGCUCCGGCACCCGCACGCCUCCCGCAGCGCCGCCGACGUCGUCCGCGCCGCUGCCGAGCCCGCCCUCCUCGCCUCCUGCUGCUGCCCCUGCACCGGCGACGAGCCCGUCGUCGUCGCCACCCUCGGGCAGCGCUGCUCCCGUGCCAGCUCCCGUGGCCACCCCUACCUCGCCGCCGUCCCCGGCGGCUUCGGCUCCGGCGCCCGCUCCCACGACCACCACCCCGAGCUCGCCGCCGGCGCCCGCUGCCCAGACCCCGUCGCCGUCCACGACACCAACACCAGGAGGCGGGUCCUCCCCGCCACCGUCUGCUUCCGCCAACGGGCCGGCCGGCGAGGGCGGCAGCAGCUCCAACACGCCACCUCCGCCUUCCGCGGCUGCACCCAUGGUCGCGGGCUUCGUCGGCUCGCUCGGCGCAUUCAUCGGUUACGCCAUGCUUGCUACCUGA